AUGGAGAAAAACAAUACGUAUAAGAAGGGACCUGAUGCGAUGCGAUACAAUGGGGAACGCAGGACAAGUUUAAGUGAAGAUAAUCGACAAAAAAUGAGCAAGAGAGUCAGUUACACCAUAGAGGGCCCCAUAUUCAUCAUCAAACUGAAUGAUCCCCGGCAUUUAAAUUCGUUAACGUUCGAUGAUUUCGUUUACAUCGCAAUGUUGUUAGAGAAGGCCAAUUCUGAUGAUUCCAUCUUCAUUACUGUUUUACAAAGUAGUGCCAAGUUCUUCUCCUCUGGUGGGAAAUUCGAAGCUGUGUUGGAAUCCAAGGGUAAAGAGGACGAUAUUGGGUCCUUGAACAAUCUAAUUGGUAUGAUUUCGUCCCCCAAUGUGUUCGUCGCCAAUGCGUUUAGAACACAUGAGAAAUUAUUGGUAUGUUGCUUGAAUGGGCCCGCUGUCGGGUUAAGUGCAUGUAUUGUUAUGCUAUGUGAUUUGGUUUACGCUAGGGACGAUUCCGUUUACUUGUUGUUCCCCUUUAGUAACCUCGGGUUCGUGGCUGAAGUUGGGUCGUCCGUGACCUUACCCAUGAAACUCGGCAUUAACAAAGCCAAUGAACAUUUACUGUUCAGCAAGCCGCUAACCUUUGCUGAUUUACAGGGGAAGCUAAUUAACAAGAAUUACCAAAUGGAGGACACGGAUGAGUUCAACAAGCAGGUAGUCAGGGACUUGCAAGCGCAGUUGGUCGCGGCGGAUGCACCCUUACGCAACAUGAAGGCGAUGAAGAGACAGAUCACCGAGGGGACCGGGUACCGUUCGUCACUGUUGCGGGCACAGGGCCUGGAGACGAUGACCACGUUGCCCUUCUGGCACGAGGGAGAGCCCUUCCGGCGGUUCGAGCAGAUGCGAAGCAAGCAGCGCAAGCACAAGCUGUGA